AUGGAUGACGGAUUUGCAUUGAGGGACGAAACAAUUCGCCUCUUGGCAGCACGAGUAAAGGAGUUGGAACAAGACAAGAUUCAAAGAGAAAAUUGGUCAUUCCAAUUUGGUGAAUAUGAAACAUGUGAGGCUUCAGGAGGCAAAGGAAGAGAUAAUAUGGGCAAUGGCAAUGAGGAUGGUGAGGAAGUGGCUGAGAAGGAUGGUGAGAAACAGGUCGAAGAAGAGGCUGAGAAGGAUGGCGCGAAAGAGGCUGAGAAGGAUGGCGCGAAAGAGGCUGAGACAACACCUGAAGAUGCUGAGGGUGAGGAAGAGGCUGCGAAAGAGGCUUAUGAGGUCGCUGGCAAUGAGGAUGAAGUAGGUCAGAAGGAGGGCGAGACAGAGGCUGACAAGGAGGGUGAAACUGAGGAAGGCAAGACAGAUGUGGAGGACUCGCCAUCUACUCUUCAAGUGAUGGCAGAAGCUGCGGAGAAACUCGAGAAAGAGGUUGAUGAUAAGGCUGCUGCAGAGAAGGCUGGUGAUGAGUUAGCUGCUGCUGAAAAGGCAGCUAGUGAUAAGGAAAAAGUUGGUGAUGAGGAGGAGACCAGGCCAAAGAGGACCCAUAAACCUUCUCGUCCGCUCAGGUCUCCGUAUCAGAAAAACUAA